UUUUUCAGUAUUCCAAGCGCUUCUGUAGCAUUUGCUGCUACAACCUCUUUCACAUACAGUGAUGUAAAUCUCGUACAAUUGAAGUUUGUGAGUUGUCCAGGAUGACGACGCGAUACAUUGCAUUUUACUUCCUCCUCAACAUACUGAUAGCUCCAGUGCAUCUGGAACCACUAAGCAUCGGUGAGAACGAGUCCUUCGUAGUGCAAGAGGGUAGUGCCUUGGAAUUGCAAUGUAGAUUUGGUCCUGAUUCCCACUUUAGCUUUCCCAAACUGAGUACUGAAUUCAACGUUACAACCGAUUGGAAUAUUUCUGAUGGUGUAUUUUAUCGUCCUCGUACUGAACACGGGGACACCGGCUGGUACGGAUGUGCUCCUCAGGAUGUCACCCUGGAUCCUGAUGAUCGUCAACAACCAUCCACAGCCUGGUCUUACGUAUACGUUAAAUCAGAGAAAAAUCUGUUCGCUGUUGCAUCAGAUGACGUCUGGAGUUUCACAGUCGGUGCUGGUGAAACAUUAGUUAUCCCUUGCAGACCCACUUCGCCGGAUUAUCCUGUAAAAUUGUAUGAAAGUGGAAACGAAUUGACUCUCAACGACAAUAGAUUGUUCGAUCCGAGAGUUGGUUUUAUAUGGAAGAACAUAAAGAUAAAGAAUAGCAAUUUUUAUAAAUGUACCGUUGAGCACAAUGAUUUUACGCUUGACAUUUUUUGUCAUAUAAAAGUUGAAGCCAAUGUAAAACUUAAUUUGCCGCACAUUUACAAUGAAAGUAUUGGGCACGUAGUUUGGGGAGAAAAUUUAAAAGCAAAUUGUACAGUCAAUGUUGGACACGGUUCUUUUAACCUUCAGUGGAUACCGCCUAAUAAUAGCAGCAGAUUUCACGAGAGGCUAUAUGUGGAACCAAAGAGCAGCGGUAAAACGGCCAUUAUCGAAAUGACCAUAACUGAUGUUCGGGACGAAGACAAGGGGACAUAUAUAUGUAAAGUGUCUAAUCCAUACGAAGAGCGAUCGACCUCCAUAGAUAUUAAGAUCUAUGAUCCAUUUGACACGUAUAUUAAACUGAAGUCACAAGGGGAUCAGACGUAUUUUGAGUCUCCAGCAGGUGGCAGCAUCUCAUCGGUCGUAUACUAUGAUGCUUAUCCACAGCCUACAUUACAAUGGAUUGGACCAGAUAACAGAACAAUAACAUCUUCUGAGAAUUAUGAGGUUAACAUUACGAACAGGUAUAUCAAACUUGAAAUGAAAAAUUUAGCCACAAAGCACAUGGGAAAUUAUACUCUGGUGGCAACUAAUCGUAAUAACACUGCGACUUUGAACAUUACUGUGGUAGUCACAUCAAAACCUGUAACACUUAUGGAACCCAUUCUGCCUUAUUACAAACCUAGCAGUUUGACGUCAAUUAAUUGUCACGCCGCUUCUUAUCCUAAAGCGAACAUUUCCUGGCAAUAUAUUCACUGUCCAGAGACCUACCCCUGCGACGAAGAACUUCAGAUCACUGAAGACCUUACGAAUUCGACACUGAAACCCGUGGAAGAUCGUACCGCAGUCAUUUCUACUGUGACUCUUAUGGUGAAUACGACUGGACGUAUUGUUUGCAUUGCUAGUAAUCCACGUGGAGUAGUGAAUUCUACAGAAGUUCUUUUCGUAUCAGACGGUGAGGGGAUAUUCGGGUUGGAUCGACCUAAGUCAAAUAUUGUAGAAGGUGACGAUUUCGAAUUGACUUGUACAUCCUCGGUUUACAAUUAUACCGAUAAGUUGGAGUGGUAUGAUCAAAACAAACAACCCAUUGAAGAAACCGAGAGACUGAAAAUUGUUACUAGCAACACUAUGUUUACGCACAGAUCUACGUUGAGUAUUCGAAAUGUCAGUAAGAACGAUAUGAAUAUUUUCAUUUGCGCCGGGGUACCCAAUGACUCUGAGAGACCCAAUUACCAAUAUUACAAUCUUACUGUCUUUGAUUCAAAAGAACCUUUUUUCGAAGAAACAAACAUGAACGAGACUGAGAUAACUUUUGAUCUGAAUGCGAACAAACGUAACGUGUAUUUAUUGUGUAAUAUCGGUGGAAUGCCAGUACCUACUGUAACGUGGUACAAGAAUGACGAGAUUAUCAAAGAAAAUGACCAGUUUAAAUUUUACAAUGAGCAUGAACUUUAUAUCAAAUUCUUACUGGAACGAGACGAGGGCAAGUACACGUGUCGUGGAACAAAUCGAAUUGGCGAAAUUGAAACUUUCCAACGGAUUCUGAUAAAGAAAAAACCAACAUCCCCGAUUCUCAUCGUGUCUGUCGUUGUCCUCAUAAUUAUUUGUUUUAUUCUGAUGACGGUUUUCUUCAUCAAGUUCCGCCGCGAGAAGAUCAUGAGGAAGGAACUGAUUGAAGCCGGAUUAAUGCAUUUCGAGGAAGGAGCAAUGGAGUGUUUGAAUCCUGAUUUGACAGUGGACGACCAAGCUGAAUUGUUGCCCUAUGAUAAAAAAUGGGAAUUUCCACGAGAACGUUUGAAAUUGGGAAAGCAAUUGGGUUCUGGUGCUUUUGGUGUUGUGAUGAAGGCCGAAGCUCAAGGAAUUAGCGAAGAUGAAUCAGUGACGACUGUUGCUGUAAAGAUGGUUCGUAGAGGCACAGAUCCAACUUAUAUUCGUGCUUUGGCAAGUGAACUGAAGAUUAUGGUCCAUCUUGGAAAGCAUCUGAACGUAGUGAAUCUUCUUGGAGCCUGUACGAAGAAUAUUGCGAAACGAGAAUUGUUUGUAAUUGUGGAAUAUUGUCGUUUCGGAAAUUUGCACAACUAUCUACUACGUCACAGAGCCGAUUUCAUUAAUCAAAUUGAUCCAACAACUGGAAAGAUCGAUCCUUCGAUUGGUCAGGAAUUUUUGACAAGGUCAACCAGUAUCUGUAGUAGCAACAGCAGGUUAAAAUACGCGGCAUUAACCUUUUCUCGCAGUCUCAGUGCUACUUCCGGCGGAAGUGGCGGUGAACCGAUGGAUUACAGAGAGGGAACUGAUUCUCAAGGAGUGAGUAUGUCUCCCGAUGGAUGCAUCAUGAGUAACAAUUCAUCUCAACCUGGAUGGCGCUCGAAUUAUCGUGGUGAUUACAAAGAUCAAAAUUUGAAACCAAUCUGCACUCAGGAUUUAUUAUCUUGGGCUUAUCAAGUAGCAGGUGGAAUGGAGUAUCUUAGCUGUAGAAAGGUGCUGCAUGGAGAUUUAGCCGCAAGAAACAUUUUGCUGGCCGAAAACAAUGUAGUCAAGAUCUGUGACUUUGGCCUGGCUAAAUCAAUGUACAAGGACGACAAUUACAAGAAGAAAGGAGAUAGUCCAUUGCCAAUAAAGUGGAUGGCGAUAGAAUCGAUAAGGGAUCGUAUAUUCUCGACGCAGUCAGAUAUUUGGUCCUUCGGCAUCGUCCUAUGGGAGUUCUUCACGUUAGCCGAGACGCCAUAUCCCGGUAUGGAAGCUGAGAAGCAGUAUCAGAAAUUAAUAGAAGGCUACCGUAUGGAACAGCCGGAAUAUGCUACAAAGGAAGUGUACGAGAUUAUGACACAAUGUUGGAAAGCCAAGCCAACCCUGAGACCGACGUUUCCUAAGCUAGUGGAGAGCAUCGGGAACCUUCUAGAAGAGAGCGUGAAGACGCGCUAUCUCGAGCUCAAUGUGCCUUAUAUGGAUAUGAAUACCAUAACCUUUGAAACGGGAAAGAGUGACUAUCUGACGAUGAUGUCCGCACCCGAUCAUACUGCUUUGUCCUCAACGGUUCCUGAUUAUGUCAAUUCGCCAAUAACGUUGACAUCCAAUAACUCGUAUUUAUUGAUGAGUCCCACAAAUGUCACAGAGGAUUCAGGAAUUUUCAGUCCUAGGCCGGACGUCACUAAAUCUCACUUCGCGUUCCCUUCGGUGGACCAGACAGCUGAUUUACCAGAGGAUUUGGAAAUGACUCCGAUGCUUCCAGAAAACUCAGACUACUUAAAACCAAUCGAUGUACAACAACGAAGGGCAGAGUUUGCUAAGCAACGUCAGAAUCAAAGCAGACAAGAUAAGCCUCAAUCAGACUACACGAAUGCGCCACUUGUAAGCGUGGACAAAAAUUCAGAUAAUUUAAACAGAUCCUUGGAAAAGGAUUUGACGGACUUAAAAAACUUUGGAACACCGAUUAUCAGGACGCAGGAUAAUUAUGUCAAUAUGCCCAAACAGAAGAGUGAUCUUCGUAAGGAUCCAGUUAACAGUUUUAGUAAUCCCAGUUAUGUGAUUAUCAAUGACAAGGAUCAGACAAGAAUCUAAAAUACAUUUACUUGGGACUCGCGUGGGCCACGUCGAAAGUCCCUGUGUUGUGUUUUAUAUUGUUUUAUUCGGUAUAUUUAAUCGGAGUCUGGAUUGAAAUUUUUAAAGAUUUUACGUAAUGUUGAAUAGUCUUGUGGGACUCUAUGGACAUCGAGACAUUUUAUCCUUUUUGAGAAAAAAUAAUAUCGGGUGUUACCAUUGAAAUGAGUUCUUUUUCAUGUACAAAACAAAUGGCCGGUUUACUUGAGAUUUAUUAAACUAUUUGACCUCACAGUGCCAUCAUCUGCUCUGCUCAGAGAUCAAAUUUAGUAUUACUUAGUUUUUAAAGCUAGUCAAGUGACGAGAAUUUUUUACGAUUUUACACAAACUCCGUGAACAAAUAAUAAUUUUAGUUGUAACGCAUUGACACGUACUUAUAUUAAUUAUAUAAGAAAAUACGCUUAGUUCUUAAUAUUGUAGAUCGAAAAAGCAAGUAUUUUCAUCUUUAUUGUACUUAGAAAACAUUAUAAGUUCGGAAACAUAAUUUCCUCAUUGAUCCUGAUAGAAUAAGGAACAUCGUGAAUGCUCGUAUUAUUUUGAAUUUUUCUGCCAUUUUUAACAAUAUCUUCUAUCAGAUCUUUUUUGUAUCUCAACCAUCUAAAAGAAUAUCAUUAUCCAAUCUCGGUGUUCGAACGUACACUAAUUUUAAUAACUGGACUACGGAUGAAAAUAACAUUUUUUUUUAUUGAUAGGUAUACAAUUUCGUACCUCCUGUUGCGCACGAAUUUUUCAAAAAGCUUCUCUGUGCUCGGAUAUUUCGAGUCCAAAAACAAUUUAACACGUUCCCAAAUAUUUGCUCUAUUAUGUUCCAAGAGCCAAUAACGUGGUACCAAUAAACAUUUCAUUCGCGUAAUCGAUACUAUUCUUCGGUUCAUCAUUUUUUCACCUGUCAACCAAAGAAAUGGUAAAUAUUGUCUUAAAAUUCCUGAAAUCAGAAUUCAUCGAAAUUUUAAAUUACCAAGACCGAAGCAGGCACCACGGUGAAAUUGGCAAAUUUUCAUAAAAACUGUUCGCACAUUUUUUGGAUAUUGUUGAAGAGAAAUCGAAGAUGGUUCUCUCAUCAACAUUUCAGCAACAUCUGUUAUCUCGUGCCACUGAUUGACCUGUAAAUUAUCAACGCUAUUAAAAUUGUACUGACUUGAAUAUAUAAAAAAAUUAUUAAAACUCACAACGUCCUGUAACGUCAUCGUUACAAUACUCAUCCUAUCUACAUCAAUAUUUCCAGUAGGUCUCAUGGACAAUAAAACUUGAGUAUAAUCGAUAUCCGAUAGCGAACCAAUAUCAGAUUGAUUGAUUUUCAUCAAUGAGCUCUGAAUGAUUAAUGAAUCUUUAAUUGUCUGAUCAAUUAAGAGGCAAUAAUAAAAACAUCAUAAAAUCGUA